CACACUGAAGCGAUCCAGUCAGUCUCGCCCCUCCGCUCUCGGCAGCAGCAUCAUCGUCCCCGCCGGGUCCGGUGGCAGAGAGGAGAGGAUGGUCCAGUGGAAAAGCAACCGGGGAUGCGAAUGACAGUAACAAGAUAAUGGCCCUCGAUUUACGCAAGUUCCCGAACGUACGACUAGCGACCAAGUGAAAGACACCGUGGCAGGAAAACACUGAACCAUGUUGAUCUAAGUUGUGACCUGUGGUGAACGGGGGAGGAGGACGAGGGGGAGGAGGACGAGGAGGAGGGAGGCGCAGGCAGGCAGACAGACAGAUUGGGAAUCUGCCACAGCUCCCUUUAGGCGGCCCUUUGCAAGCUUGAAGCCAUGGGCAACACAGCCACCAAGUUCCGCAAGGCCCUGGUGGGUGGUGACGAGGCCCUGGCCUGGCAGCUCUAUGAAGGCAACCCUCAGUUCAGGGACGGCCUGGACCCGAAUGCAUCGUACGGAGAGCAGUACCAGCACAACACGCCCCUGCAUUAUGUCUGCCGCCAUGCAAUGACGCGUCUGCUCAGGUCCUUCCUGUUCAGUAAAGAGGGAAACCCCAACAAGCGCAAUGUGCACAACGAGACGUGCCUCCACGUGCUGUGCCAAGGCCCACAGAUCCUGCUGCUGCCAGAGGGAGCACUGUCACCACGACUGGCCCGACCCCAGAGGGACGAGCAGCGUCGUGCCGACUGUCUGCAGAUGAUCCUUAGCUGGACCGGUGCCAGGCUGGAGGGAGGCCAGUACGAGAAGGCCAAUGUCAACGCCACCGACAAUCACCACAGCACCUGUCUGCACUACGCUGCCGCUGCAGGCAUGAAGAGCUGUGUGGAGCUGCUAAUCCAGAGCGAUGCAGACCUUUUUGUGGAGGAUGAGGACAAGUUGACGCCAUGUGACCAUGCCGAGCGGCAUCACCACACCGAGCUGGCCCUCAGCCUGGAGUCCCAGAUGGUUUUCUCCUCCUCUUCAACUCAGCAGUCAAACACAGACACACAUGUUGAAACCAACCUGCUGCAAUACAAGGAGCCUUAUGAGGGACUGAAACUUCAGGACCUGCGCAGGCUGAAAGACAUGCUGAUUGUGGAGACGGCAGACAUGCUGCAAGCCCCCCUCUUCACUGCUGAAGCGCUGCUCCGAGCACAUGACUGGGACAGAGAAAAGCUUCUGGAAGCCUGGAUGUCGGACGCUGAGGGUUGCUGCCAGCGCUCAGGUGUGACCAUGCCUACCCCGCCACCCAGCGGGUACAAUGCCUGGGACACCCUACCCUCACCUCGAACCCCCAGGACCCCACGCUCACCACUCACACUCACCCUCACCUCUCCGACUGACAGCUGCCUCACACCUGGAGAGGAGAGCCUGGCUUCGUGUGGAAUCUGUCUCUGCUCUAUCUCAGUGUUUGAGGAUCCAGUGGACAUGUCCUGUGGACAUGAGUUCUGCAGAGCAUGCUGGGAAGGGUUCCUCAAUGUAAAGAUUCAGGAGGGUGAUGCACACAAUAUCUUCUGCCCGGCCUAUGAGUGCUACCAGUUGGUGCCAGUGCAUGUGAUUGAAAGUGUAGUUUCCAGGGAGAUGGACCAGCGAUAUCUACAGUUUGACAUCAAGGCCUUUGUGGAGAACAAUCCUGCCAUCCGAUGGUGUCCUGCAGCACGUUGUGAGCGGGCGGUUCGGCUCACCCGACCAGGCCCAGGGGACAGUAACCCACACAGUUUCCCUCUGCUGCCCUCUCCCGCCGUUGAUUGUGGCAAGGGUCACCUAUUCUGCUGGGAGUGCCUUGGUGAGGCCCAUGAGCCAUGUGACUGUCAGAUGUGGAGGAACUGGCUCCAGAAAGUUACAGAGAUGAAGCCUGAGGAGUUGGCAGGUGUGAGUGAGGCCUAUGAAGAUGCUGCUAACUGCCUGUGGCUGUUGACCAACUCAAAACCGUGUGCCAACUGCAAAUCGCCCAUUCAGAAGAAUGAGGGAUGCAACCAUAUGCAGUGUGCCAAGUGCAAGUAUGACUUCUGUUGGAUAUGUCUGGAGGAGUGGAAGAAGCACAGCUCAUCAACAGGAGGCUACUAUCGCUGUACUCGCUAUGAGGUCAUCCAACAGCUAGAGGAGCAGUCCAAGGAGAUGACUGUGGAGGCAGAAAAGAAGCACAAAAGUUUUCAGGAGUUGGAUCGUUUUAUGCACUAUUAUACUCGCUUCAAGAACCAUGAACACAGUUAUAAGUUGGAGCAGAAAUUGCUAAAAACAGCCAAAGAGAAGAUGGAGCAGCUAAGCAGAGCUUUCUUUUGCCGUGAAGGAACUCCUCCAGACACGCGUUUCAUUGAGGACGGUGUGAGUGAGCUGCUCAAGACGCGGCGCGUCCUAAAGUGCUCUUACCCAUACGGCUUCUUCCUGCAGCAAGGCAGCACCCAGAAAGAGAUAUUUGAGCUAAUGCAGACUGACCUGGAGAUGGUUGUGGAGGAUCUGGCACAGAAGGUCAACCGACCGUACUUGAGGACUCCUUGCCACAAGAUAAUCAGUGCAGCACGUCUGGUGCAGCAGAAGAGGCAGGAAUUCCUGGCAUCAGUGGCCCGAGGUGUCGCGCCCAACGAUUCUCCUGAUCCUCCCCGCAGAAGUUACCCUGGAGGAUCAUGGGACUGGGAGUACCUUGGCUUUGCCUCCCCCGAGAUGGGGAGUCGUCACUCUGUACUGGGAGCAGGAGAUCAAAGAGAGAGACAGUCUCAGGAUUAUGCUGACAUCCAGUACCGUCGUAGACACAGACCACGGCGCAGAGGAGACAUGCUGAGUCUGCACAACCUUAGAAGCAGCAGCAACACACCAGAAACGAGUAGGAGGAGUGACAACACAGAAAAUCUAGAGAGAGGUGAGGGCCGCAGAAGAGUGCUGGGCUUGCUGGAUGAAGAUGAUCCAAACAUCCUGCUGGCCAUCCAGCUGUCCCUUCAGGAGUCUCGCAGAGAGCGAAGCCUGGAGGGAGGCCCAGAGGGAGGGACAGAGGGGAGAGUGGAGCUGGAUAGAGGACUGGAGAGGAUGCGGCGACCCUCAGGGGACCCGGGUGAUGUUGCUUUGCAGUCUCUCAACACAGACGGCCCUUCAGGAGCCAGAGGCUCCUCCUUCCCCACUUCUCUCCUGGAUCCUCCUCGCCCCCCUAACAGGACAGACUCCACCUCUCAGCCUCCCAUGUCAAACUCCCUCCCCCUCCCACCCCCUCCUCCCUCCCUCAGUGCAGAGCUGCUGGAGCUGGGAGACAGCCUUAUGAAACUCGGGAGCAUAACCACUCCUUAUGACCUAGACACACACACGCAGGAGCAGCUCUGCUCUCACCACACAUACAACCACAGUACACUCACCGCUCCCUACACCAUUGAACCUGCUUACAGCGACUUCAGCCAUAGACCAGACCAGAAUGCACUGAACACUCCAUAUGUGCUUGACCAUAUCACCAUUACAGAUCCCAGUUACAGCCACUCCAGUAGUUAUUUAGCUGAGGCUGAAUACACUGCUUCUUGCUCACUUGAACACACCCAAAACCCUGCCCAUACUAGUUCAUGUAACCGGGAACAUGCAGUCACGUAUGACAGCACCCCAAAACCAGACAUCUCUUACAACCCCUGCCCCGAACACAGUAGCUCUUACACUCAGGAGCGUCCUGCCGCCUAUGCUCUCGAACGUCCACCCAAAUCAGCCCCCCAGCCCCUUGUCCAGUUGUGCCUCCUGUCUCCAGAGCUUGAGCCAGAGCUGCUGCUUUCACCGGUGAUCCCCCCAGGGGGCCCUUUCACCCCCAGUGACCCUCAGAGUCUGGAGCCCCUAGACCCAACAGCCAGUGCCCAGCUGCUGGACAACAUCAUGGCCUGGUUUAACAACAACAUUAACCCCCAGAACAACCCCCAGAGCCUGGCCCUCAUCCCCUCCCCACCCACCACAGAAACUGACUCCUCCCCUGACACACACACUGAGACUGAGUCAGAGAGCCAGACCUCCAGGGACAUGACCCACGCCCCUCUCUGGCAGCCCCUGGAGGGCGAGCCAGAAGCAGACAGAGGGUCGGCGAGUCCCUGUCUAGGUGCAGCGGGCUUGAAGACGUCGAGGCCCAGCACUCUGGAGCUAGAAAAAAGAGAGAACAACGAGGAGGGUGUGGACGCAGAGUGUGUGUCUGAUCUGUUGCUGGACGAAGCGCACACACACCCGUGUUCACACUCCCAACGUGGAAACAGUCCUGCACACACUGCCCCAGCCACAGAGAGAGACUUGGACCUCAUCCUUCAGUUAGAGGGAGACCAAUCACCUGAUGAGUGGGAGGAACAAGUACACCUGGUGUGACAGCGACAGAACGAUGUGGAGAGAGAAUGUUAAGCCAAGUUCAGGAAGAGAGAGAGAGGUAAAAGUGAAAGAGGAAAGAAAAUCAAAGACUGGGAAAACUAGAAAGAGGAAAAAUAUAAGAUAUAACGGUGAAGCCGCAAUGAAAGAUGUAGGUCUUUGGAGUGCUUCCUGUAUGUAUUAUACUGUAUUUAGAGAGGACUUAAAACCCUGGGGACUUGGUCCAGUAAAGAUGAUGUCAUACGCAGACCUUUUUUUAAAGUGCUUUUGUCUGCUCUAAAAACAGACAAACUAUUCUUUGAAACAAUUUAGUGUUUAAAUCAAAAUACAUGAAUGGAAAGCUACUGAUAUCAUAACACAUAAAAUGCUGCACAUGUUUUUGUUUUCUUAUUUUAUUUAUUCCCUGUAUUUGUCUCCUCAGUUUGUUCAGGUGACGUUUUGGUGCUGAUCAUGCUGAAAUCCAAACCCACCUCACUUUAAUUAACACACCGACCCAAACACAAGUUUCCUGGAGCCAAAUAUUAUGAUAACUGUAACCAUGGAGCUUGUUUAGCGUACUGUACAAUCAGAGGGCCUAAUUCUGAUUGUUGGACCUUCAUGCACACUGUGCCUGUUUUGUUAGUGAGCCAACACACCACUGAUGUUUCCUUUUGGAAUGCUGUAAAGAACGACGAUAUACUCUUCUGCUCGGUGAACGUCGCGCUAGUACAACGUGCUAUCUGGGUUUUAUGACGGUUUUAAUUCUUUGGUAAAACUCCAGCAAUCAGAGAAGAGAUAUCGUCUUGUCUCUCUGCACAGGGAGGUCAGAGGUCAGCCUCAGCUAAGAGUCUGUAUGAAUUCAGAGUAUUGCUCAAAGGCACUACAGCAUCAUGGGUGCUUGUUGUUCAGGGGAAUUGAACCCUCUAUUUCUCCUGCUCACUGCACCACCCUGCUACCCAUUCCGUUAAAUUAUCUGUCUAUGAGCCUGAGAUGUGCUUUCAUUUACGUGUCAUCCAUAUUGCUGUAUUUUACACCUACUUUGGCUCAGUUUUGAGUGUCAGUGUGCAAAAACUGUUUAAUUAUAUCAAUAAGGAUGAUUGACCCAAAUUUGACAUGAAAACAUCUUUAACAAAUUAGGUAUCACAGCUUCAUACUAUUGUAUAUUGCUGAAUUUGAAUCACUGUUGCAUUUUAAAUUUUAAAGUGGCUUUUAUAAAACAAUGCCUACAAACAGAAAUCAAUCAUCAAAACAAAGUAUUUAAUGGAUCAAACUAUAUCCAAUCAUGUGUGAAUAAAUAAAUAUAAGAACAGCUGUGUUACUGUAGAUGGAUUAAGAAGUCUAGAGUCUAACUUUACACAACAGUCUGUUUGAAACUAAACAUUUAUCAUAUAUCCAUUUUUCAGUUUGUACAUUGACAACUGAGCCAAAACAAUCAGACAAUAAUGAAAACAUGAAAACACUCACUUUGUUUUGUUUUUACUUUAUCAUGUCUAUUCCACUACUGAAGGCUAGAACAGUGUGCUGUUUGAGAGAUUGGUUGGGAUUUACUGUAAUUUAUACUCUUUUAUUUCUUUAUUCCUUGAUGGAUAUGAUUUUUUUCUUCCAGUUGAGACCAGAGUUGUUGGGUCUGUGUGCCUUUUUGUUUCAAUCGUAUUUGUUUAUUUGUUGGUAUUUAUUACUGUCAUUGCUUUUUAAACAUGCAAAACAGUUGUCAAUGAAAGAAAUGGAGAACACACCACUUACACCGAGGUUCUUGAUGCACAUUAGUAUCGUUUGUCCUCACACCACAUAUUUAUCUUGUUUUACCUUUUCCCCUGAGAACAACUAAAUUGGAGCUAAGUGAUUUGUUGAUUUGUCAAUUAUUUACACUUUAGUGUUUCUGUAAUAAUUAAGGACGAUUCUUUAAGUUGUUCAACUGUGGCCUUUGAUUUUUCUCGAAAUGUGAUGUAGCACUCUGAAUCCUGGGUUGUCAAUCAGCCUUUAUCUUUAAACUUAAUUUCCCAACUGGAAUGUUUACAAGAGAAUUAAACACUGCCUGUUGUGUGGAGAGAUGAUCUGGUGCUGCUGGGACUGAACUCCUAAUAAUCGAGUGUUUUUAAUCAUACUUCCAUGCCAAGUCAAACAAUUGUAAAGCUAUCCUAAUUUGGUUGAAAUCUCUCCCUCUACUUUAACUGUGCCAGUUAUGCAGAAUAUGAUUUGAAUAAGUGCAUCACUUAUAAUUGAUUGAGUGUUGAGCUUGUUUAAAGUGCGAGGUGUGGCGUGCUCCACCGAAGUGACAAAACCCCUAAAAUAUCCCCUUUUCCGUUCUGUAUUCAACAUUAAACUGUGAAGGUGCUGGACAGGUUUUAGGUGCUGAUGAUCACAUUCCAUUAGGCCGACUGAGAUGUGAGGGAUACUGGUGCCGCCCAUAAACAUUUCACAUAUUCUUUCUUGGGGAAUAGUUUAAUUCACUUUUAUUUUAGGUCGCUACAGGAUACAAAAUGGAUGAGUGGGGUCUUUUAAUUUGCACAAGCAUGCUGAUAAUGUGUUGCACUAAUCCAGUGGACGGGCAAGAUGUGGAGGACUGAUGAGUGGCUUAUAUUAUUAUUAUUUCCUUUUUUGUUUUCUUGAUCUGGAAUUGAAUUUAUGGUGCCAUGGAAUGGUCCUGUAUCAUUGUGUACACCUUAUUUAAUGUUUAUAUUUUAGUGAUCCCUCAAACAACCACAUCAGAAUUAAAAAAAUAAAAUAAAUUGCACUCGCAUAGAACAUACUUGAUACAUUCCCAGUCAGUCCAUAAGAGAGGUUUGAUGUGUGGCCAAAACUGUAAAUGAAAGUGUCAGUGCAACGUUUUCUCUCAAUAAAAACAACUGAAAGAUU